AAUGCAUGGCAGGCCCUUAAACUUGUAGGGCUGUGUCAUCUAGGUCCAUCAACUUUGAAAAUGCAUUUUUGGGUCCCUAAUCUAAUCAAAUCGUGCACUGCAGGUCCAAAGCGCCACUGGGGCGCUUUUUAGCCAACGUGGCCGCGCCAGCGUGGCGUCCAGCCCGUUUUUGGCGGGAAGUUUACCGCCAGAAGGGAGGUACAAGUUUGCAAUAUGCCCCCUCUAUCCUUUUAAUUCCAUAUCCCAGUCUCCCUCUCUCUAUCGCCCCCCCUCUCUCUGUUCGUCCCAGGCGCCCCAUCCGCUCCCUCCCCGCCGGCCCGCCUGUUGCAGUCCUCUCCCUCCCUGCCGCCCCGUCCUCUCAGAUUGGCAUUCAUGACUGGAGGAUCCGGCUCUCCGGGCCCAGAUCCGGUGAGUGCUGAUGGGCUCCCACUCAUCAUUUGCACCGACUACGGAUUGAGGAGGGUGGUGAGGCGCAAAUCCCAGCAACCAUGGAGUGCAGGUCAAAUCUUCUACUGUUGCCCGCUGCAUAAGAAGGAUGGAAGCGGCUGUCCAUUUUGGUUCUGGAAAGAGGACUACAUGAAGGUUCUUGGCGACAGGGUAGUACAAGCUCCAGUUGCAGGUGCAUACAUUGGAGCUGGGUCGAUGCAGGUAGCUGAAUCAAGUAUGCAAGAAUGUGAUUCAAGGAUGAAAGGAGUACCUGGCUUCGAUGGCAGUGUAUUUGUGAGGAAGGAAGUAGACAUGGUAGGUUUAUGUCAAGAAAUUGUUAGGUUAUUGAAGCUGUUAUGCUUUGUAGGUGUCUGUAUGCUCAUUGUCAUGUUGCUGAGUGUGUUUGUUCAGCUGAUGAAGUGAGACAAGAGUACUCAUGAGACAAUGUGCACCCUCUUUGUAAUGACAAGUUUAAUCUUA